AUGAAGACGUUUGACGAUUACUUUUCGGUGCAAGUAUUUUUGAUUGUACUUCGAGAAACAUUAGAACUGGCAAUUAUCGUUUCGGUAUUAUUGGCCUUUAUUCAUCAGAGUUUCCUUACUACCAAACCGGCACAGAGGACAGCUGAAGAGGAUGAGGAGCCGCAGGAAGGCCAAGGUCUUUUGAAUGGAGGUGAAGAUGACUAUAACAAGGAUGAGAUAUCUCAAGAAACUCGAUCGGUAUAUAAUUAUCUUCGAAUUCAAAUUUGGGUUGGUGGAUUUCUAGGAUUGGUUUGUUGUCUUAUACUUGGGACGAUCAUAUUAACGAUUUUUUACGUUUUGGGUAAUGAUUUAUGGUCGGUAACAGAACAUUAUUGGGAAGGAACUUUUUCAAUCAUUGCAAGUAUUAUAAUAUCAAUCAUGGGGAUUAAAAUAUUGAGAGUCAAUAAGAUGCAAAAAAAAUGGCAAAAGAAAUUAACUGCUAUAAUAACCAAUUCGAAUUAUAUUAAUAAAGCUAUAAAUUCCCGGAAAUCCAGUACUAGUGCAACAUUAAAGGAAAGGUUAUCGAUUUGGUCUGAAAAAUAUUCAAUGUUCAUCUUACCAUUUGUAACUACUUUAAGAGAAGGAAUGGAAGCAAUUGUUUUCAUUGGAGGAAUUGGAAUCAAUGAAGAUACUAGCAUCUGGGCCAUUAUCAACUCGGUAGUGAUUGCAAUUAUAAUAGGAUCAAUCAUUGGGGUUUUCUUGUAUAGAUCAGGAAAUAACCUAUCAUUGCAAUGGUUUUUAGUAAUAUCCACCGGGUUUCUUUACUUGGUUGCCGCUGGGUUAUUUUCCAAAGGAGUUUGGAAUUUCGAAUUGCAAAGAUUUAUUGAUUUAUGUGAUGGAUUUGACGUUAGUGAAACUGGUCAUGGUCCCGGAUCUUACGAUAUAACCAAUAGUGUUUGGCAUGUCAAUUGUUGUAAUGGAGAACUACAAGAAGAUGGCGCAUUUUGGAUGAUUGUAACUGCGGUUUUCGGUUGGACUAAUAGUGCUACAUACGGUAGUGUUAUAAGUUAUUUAUUAUAUUGGGUCAUUAUAAGUAUUUGUUUCAACGCAUUAUUAUUUGAAGACAAAAGAGGUUAUUUACCAUUAAUCCCAAUUAAAUGGCAAAAAAGAAGAAUCAAUAAAAAAAUUCAUUGCAAUUUUAAAUUAACUUCACCAGAAGAAGAUUUAAUUAGAGAAAGUAUCGAUUCAAUGACUCCCUUGAAUACCUAA